AUGUCUCACCAGUUCAAAACAGCACAGCUGGUACCACAACCGUACUCACGAAUAUCUACACCUGUUCCGUUUCAGCCAUUUACACCACCAGCAAAUAUGAAUCCAGGGACUCCGGGGAUGCCUGGAUCGGCAGGCCAGCAGUAUCAACAACAGAGAUUAUUGAAGCCUUUGGGAGGUGGUAACAGUAGCGUGAACCUUACAGCUAUGGGAUCAAGCUCUGAAGCACAUACCCCAGGUAAUACGAGUUUUAAUGGGAUGCAAGCAAAUGGUAAUAAUGGUGUCGGAUCAGAAAUAACAAAUGGUUUGAUUUACCAGCACGAAUACGAAAAACCUCAAGUGUCGCGAUGGCUGAAUGUGUUUGAAAAGACACUGGCACAACUAGUAGAAUCUAUAUCGCGGUUUCGACCGAGUUUGAAAACAGCAGAGAACUUGGUUUCGGCUGAAGCAGAGCUGGCACAGGCAAUCACUGAGUUGGCAGAGCAUCAGAGACUAGCACGACGAAUUUAUGAAUUGCGACAAGAGUCCAAAACUUUAGAUGAUGAGCUCAAUGUCUUGUUGGUCACGUUAUCAGACUGCCGAAGGACACUUCGGGCAUUGCCGAAGCCUGACGAAAAGUUUCUGCGGUCGUUGCCAGAUGGAGCAUUGGACUACACACGAGAACUAGUACAAUUAAAUGAUGUGGAUUAUGAUGAUGACGAUGACGAUGACGAUGAAGACGAAGAUGAGGAUAUGGAAGACAUUAAUGGUGGUGGUGAUGAUGGUAAAAGAAUAAGAGAUGGAAAGAAGACAAUUGGUCACCGUCGUCGGCGCAAAGUGCGGACAUUGGAAGAGGCGAUUCGACGGCGACGAUCUUCAUUGGCAUUUUCAGGCAAAUACGUACAAGAACGUGAUAAAGUGUCUGCCAAGGAACUUCUUGAAUAUGCGACGCGUAUUACCAAGUUUACAUCUGCACCGCUUGGGUUUGAUGGCCAGUCACGCGAUAACCCGGACUUUAACUACCCGUGGCCUUCGGAGGAUGAAUUGCGACGGGGGAUGCUUGCACUGGCAGCCAUAUCUGGGACUGAGGAAGUUACUGCAGGCGAGGAAAAUGCUAAAAAGGAAGAGCUAAAGAAGCAAAAGGAGCUGGAGCUGGAGCUGGAGCUAGAACAGCAGAAGCAGAAGCAGAAGCAAAGAGAGGGGGAGAAUGAGGUGAAUAAUAAUAACGAUAAUAAGAAUGAGACUAGCUCGAUAAAUGUGGAGACAAUGGGCCGAAACAGUGCAAUUGUGGACUCGACAAUAGGGUCUUUUGAUAAACCUUCUAUCAGUACAGUCCCCACCACCACCACCACCACAACAACAACAACAACUACAAUAGCAACAACAGCAAACACAAUUGCGGCUUCUUCGUCUUCUUCUUCUUCUUCGCCCUCAACCAUAGGCACUAGUGCGGCGACUAUAGAUUCAAGCGGUGCGGCAGGUUCAGAGGGGCUGUCAAAGGUGGCACGGCGGGACUCGGAGUACAGUGGACGGCCAAGUAUGCCAGCUGUGGCGGAGUUAGAUCUUGGACUUUUUGAUCCGGAUGAGGACGAUGAUGAAGAAUUUGAAGACGUAUAA